ACUCUAUUUCAGACAGAUGAAUUUCUAGAGGCAAUCAUAAGACCUAAAGGUAAAGAGAUACUUUUAUAGUAUAUAUCUCAAAGUUAAAUUAAUAUGAAACAACUUUGCUUUAGAGCUACAAACAUUGUAGAGUCAAGAUUAUCUCCCUUUUAAGCUUGCUUUUAAGUGAAAUUUGUACUUCAUAGUGCUUUUUUGUGUGAUCUUUUUUUAUUUUAUUAAUGUUACUGUAUGUGCACAUAGCUGAACAAUCCAGCCUUGAAUGGGACGAAGGGGUGAAGGAUGUGAUUACAAAAGAAAAGGAAGAAAACAAAAUCAUGGUAGAAUCUACCCAAGAGAAAGCAAUUAGGACUAUGGUAGAGACUGGAGCCAGAUCUGAUGAGGAGAUGGUGGCCAGCUCUGGAGAAGACCUUGGGGAAGGAGACAAGAAGACAGGUGCAUCUCUGGAGGAAACCGUAGGUGAAGGUGCUCAAACUGAUGCCAAAAGUACAUUGUGGAACAUGCUAAGGUUUGUCUUUGUUCAAGGAGGAACACUGUUGAGUCACAUGAUAUACACAGUGUGUGAACCCAAACAAUGUUUGCAUACAAUUUGGUUUCUUUUUUUUUUUUUUUUUUUUUUUUUUUUUUUUUUUUUUUUUUUUUUUUUUUUUUCAAUAUUUGAUUAAUUUUUGUAACCUUAUAUGAUAUCAGUCCGCUUUUAAAAGGGUUAAAACAUGCACUACUGGUCGAAAUAAUAACUACAAAGUCUUGGAAAACACUUACAUGUUGCAUAAGCACUUAUUGCCACAACUUGUAUCAUGACUUGGCUUUCGAAUAACUCAAAGACUUUAGAUGCAGAAUAGUCUGUUUCACUUGUGUACUUAUAUACUUUUUAAUAAAUAAAAACAUAAAACAAUUCCUCUUUGUACCAAAAUGGAUGCAAAGCCCUGACACAACUUCUCUUCUUGAAUUUUACAGACCUGCUGCACCAACACUUGACACCCAUUUUACUUUGAAAGAGUAAGCAUUUAGAUGUAACAAGGCUUUACAAAAGAGCAAAGUGGAACAGCCAUGGCAAAAUGAAAUAAAGGUAGAAAUAUUAAAGCUAAUAAUUAUGUUGUGCAAUUCCCAUCCAUUAAAGGAAUUGAGGUUUUUAAAGAUACACACCACAAACCACAAGUCACAAUCAAAUAGCAGUUCUUUCCCAUUCUUGGAAGAAUUUUGUUCAUAUUACGUCUUACACCAAGUAGAAGGCCGUCUAAGUCUAGUAUUGAAGAAAGAGGUAGAAGAACUGUCCAAGUUUGUCAACAGAGGCAUCUGCAGAGAUAUGCCAUGUUUUCAGAUCACAUCUACAACCAUUUUUAUCACGAAAAAAAGAGAUUUUGUCUGUUACCUCUUAGUCCGACAAAACUUUGAUGUCAGGAAGGAAUUAGAAUGCAAGAAAAGUUACUGUAAAUUUAAGUCGAUCCCCGGGUAUCAAGUUUUUCUUGUUCGUUGUUUGAUUGCUUGAGGGAUUUUCUUUAUAUAUAACUGUUAGAGCAGUAUCCUUAAUCUAGAUAUUAUUAUUAUCGAUUACCGUUUUUUAAAUUCUUUCACUUGGAGACUCCCUCUUUUGAAGUUCCCUCCUUUAGAUUAUCCUGAUUUGGCAUCUUUCUGAUAUUUCUUCCUCUGCCAUACCUGAUUUUGAUUUUGCUUUCUUUUAUGGCAAGGUAUCGUAACAAUUUCUCUUUUUAUAGAUUUUCUUUUUCAGAAAUUCCCUUAUUUUAAGUUUUCUUUUUUAGUAAUGUGAUCAGAUGCAUCCCAUAGAUAAUAUAAGUAAUCGAAACGGGUCUUCCUCCUCAAACUUUCUCGCCGCAUAGUUUUGAUGAUAAUUGUGAUUACGUAAUUAUAAAUCACGUCUAGAUAAUGUUCCAUAAUUCCAAGUUCUAAUUUCAUACCUAAAUCCAUAUUUUCCUUCCACCCUGUAGUAGGUAAGUGUUAAAGAACUCUUGGGUUGGCAUAAAUUGUGGCUAUUGCCUUUUAUAGUAAUUGGUGAUUAUGUUGCAGGUUUCUUUAGAAGUCAGUCCUUCUACGGCAUGCCAAGAGGAAAGAUUGGAAGUUUUUCUUCUAUGUGAAGGGUGGACCUCGCGUGCGGGUGGUUUGUCAACGUUGAACAGGGAACUCACAGUACAAUUGGCAGGGGCAGGGAUGGUCCGCAGUGAUCCAGAAGACUUCAGGCUAGAAGGCUACGACAUCGCCGCCAAGGCUUUUGCUUGCAGCAAGCUUAGAGAAGAUCAGUUGCUCGUUAAAGAAUUUGUAUAAAGUAGAUAAGAAAUGAAGAAGAUGCUUUGCGAAGUUGAUCUGGUGAUCAUGCCCUCGCGGGCUGAGGGCUUCGGUCUAGUUGCCCUUGAGGCUCUCUCCGCAGGUCUUCCUGUUCUUGUCGGCAAAAAUUCAGGCUUUGCUCAGGCCAUAACAGACUUGCCGUAUAGUAAGUCAUGCAUUGUUGAUUCAGAGGAACUUGAGAAAUGGGCAACUGCAAUCACAACUGUGCAACAAGAGUAUAGUGAAUACUUACAGAAGAUAAAGGACCUACGUGAAGCAUAUGGGAAGAAAUACAGCUGGGAAGAGCAGUGUGAAGCUCUUGUUGACAAGAUGAGGGAGAAACUGAAAGAUAGAAAGUGAGUGCCCUUCCUUUGUUUUGUCUAUUUAACUUAUUAGAAGGCGAAGUAAAAGCUGUUGAAAGCCCAAAAGUAACCCAAGGUUAAAAGAAAAAGAGAAAAUGAUUUAGCUUUCAUAGCUAAUUGUGCAGUUUGAGAGUUGAAAAGAAUAAUCAAAUUUGCUAAGGUAAGCCUAUGUCUCUUUAAACCUUAUCAUACGAAUGGAAAAAAAUUGGUAUCGUGUUUAAAAAAUAAUAGAUCGUUCUUAUUUUUCGACAGAUGCAGCAGUGCUAGUCCGGCGGGAAAUGCAGGUGCAGUAUUGAAGCGAGAACGUAGAAAUUAGUUGGAAGACAUUGCAACUGGAUUGCACCAAACGUACUCCUCUGUUCAUAUUCAGUAACAAAGGAUCAGUCUUAGAGAAUAUCUUGACGUGUCCACGAGUAUACGGGCGUUGAGUAUCCCAACGAACUACAAGCAGGAGAAGGUGAGUUUCUAGUCUGUCAUUCUGUAUCAUAGAGUAAAAAAGGGCAGGGAAGCUAUUCAAAAACGCAAACAUUCUUGUGUGUUCCAUAGUAUCAAAUUUCCGGAGGUACUUUUAGGCUGGAUUUUAAGAGGUAAUAACAUGAUUUCGAGUGCAAUUGGGUGUUAGUAAGCACGAGAAAAUUUUUCAAGGACAACAAAAUUGCAGGAGCCCAUAGGUUGAGUGCAAUUUGUAUUCUUUGAAAAAGUUUUAAGUGCUUAUUUGCACCAAAUUGCACGAGAAAUCAUGUUAUUACUUGGUAAUGAUUAAGUUUAAAAGGAAGAAAACAUCACAGAAAGUCGGGACAGACGAAAUUUUGACAGUGUGCGCACGCGGUUUGUAAUUUGCACUCGUGUUACAACUUUACACUCAUGUUACAACUUUGUUCUAGUUUUCAGCCAAUCAGAAGUGCGUGAUGUUUUCAUGUAAAUUGUGAGGCCGUAAAUCUGGAGCUCUUUUAUUUUGUAUUACAUAUAGACAUACAGGUAUUUUAAUAAUUUUUUAUUUCAAGUAAUACACGUUAACAUUUUUAUUGAUUUCCAUCCUAGAAACUUGACUGGAGCGGGACAAGAAAAAACUGAAGGCAAAAUGGCAGCACACAAAUGUAUGCGGUGGAAUAGUCGCAAAGGCCGAUGGUGCUUUCCGUUGGUUUGGUGACAUUCUCUGUGGGUCAGAACUUCUAUGGAAUUCCUCUUAGAACAUCCAAACUCUUGUACGCAUGUGUGUAUUUUCUACACAGAUUUGUCUUAGAUCGCCUUCCAAAUUAUGCCGCAGUUAUUUGAAACCAUCCAUCCCUUCUCUGCUCUUUAUUUUCUUUUAAAACCAGGGUUGUAACUUUUUGUGCGAUGAAAAGGGUAAAGUUCCCUGUAACUGUGAAAAAAGCGAAUGAAAACUUCCCCUCAUGUAGUAGACGCUUUUUGUGGAGAAGUUUGUUCAAUUUUCCAUUAAAUAGACCAC